CGCAGUAACAACUUCGCCGACGAGCGCGUGAAACACCUUCAUUUUCGCCUUAAGCAAAACAAAAAAGUAAAGAAAUCAAAACACACAAGUGCCUUAACAUAGUCUCUAGAAUAUUGCAACGAAUUUACUGCCCAUCAAUAUAUAUACAGCCCAUCGACAGGAACAAAAGAUACAGAAACGAAAAAGAUACAAGCCGAAGCUCAUCGAAUGCGGAAGUGAGCGAAAGCCGGCGGCUUUUUUAUUAAUUAUUGCAAUUAACGCAAAGGAUAAAAAAUACACAAGUGUGCGCAAACAAAGGGAAACAAAAGAGUGAGAGAAAGUGAUCGAGUGCCUUCAUUUGCAUAUCCUUGCAAAUUGAAUUAAUUUAAUAACAAAAAGCAAUUGAAUAAUAAGAAAACGUGCCGCAAUGUCUGUUGUUCGCAGUGCCAUGUCAAGCAGAAGUAUUCAGUAAUAAUUCCCGAAACCCCAGCCCAAGCCCGAUUUCAAUCCCAAAUCCCAGUCCGAAAAUUGAUUAAUCACUGUGCCUUGAACUGAUCGUCGUGACUCGUGAGUCAGAGCAGCGCCAUUUAAUUGUCCGCAAACAAAAGUACGCAGCCCAGUUGCGAAUUGUCGGCUUAAAUAUUGGUAGAAUAUCGGUAGAACCGGCGGCACCCCUCCCCCGCCAGGCACUACCCCUGGCCCCUCCAGUCGAGUGAAGCUUCAUGCGAAAAACGCCGCUUAAAUGCAUACGGAUAUCAUAAUUGGUGACCAAUUUGCCGCCAACAACAACUACUGGGUGAUGCAGUCCCCGGAACUGGACUAUCGGCACGAGCUGAUGGGUCGUCUGCACAAAAUCGAGCCCGCCGAUGUUGAACUUGAGGCUCUGGCAGCCGCCGCUGCAGCCGCCAACAACAACAACAACAAUAGCAGCAGCAGCAACAACAACCACAACAGCAACAGCAGCAGCAACAACAGCAACGGCAGCCAAACACCCACCAGCAACAGCAACAACAACAACAGCUUGACAGCCGGAGGCCAUCAGCAACACCAAUUCCACCACCACCUGCACCACCACCACUCCCAUCAGCACCACCACCAGCACCACCAUCUGCACCAGCACCACUCGCACAGCCUGCAGAGUGGCGAAAGUGGUGCAUCGGAGGCGUGGCCCCACCUCACCGCCCCCUCGUACGCCAGCGAUGUUGCACACACGCAGCAGCAACAGCAGCAGCAGCAGCAACACCAGCAGGCGCAGCAGCAACUGCAGCCCGCCGGAUCCCCGAAUUCCAACUCGAACGGAGCCUACGGCUGUGCCCCGCUCUACGAUGGAGCGCCCUACGAGGUGGCACUCGGCUACGGUGGUGCGGUGGUUGCGUCAGCGGGUGGUGCGACUUCCAGCGACAAGGAGUAUCUGUAUGAAACCAAAAACAAAGAGGCUCUAUACGCCGAUCCGCUGGACGAUCCCUACCAGCGACCCGUGCUCUGGGACGAUAUUACUACCUCAAUCCAAAAUAUCGAUCCGGAGAACGCGCUCAUGCUGAGCAGCAGCAACAACAAUGGCAGCGGCAGCAGCAACAGUGGCAACGGCGGCAGCAACAGCGGCGAAGCUGCAACAUCGCAGCUGCCGCAGGUCAAGAUGGAGGCGAUCGAUGAGAGCCUGCUCGAGACUUUCGCGACCCCAUUGCUCAGUCCCCUGGAGAUAAAGACCGAGAAGCAGCAGCAACAGCAGCGACAACAGCAGCAGCAACAUCAGCAGCAGCAGCAACACCAGCAGCAACAUCAGCAGCAGCAGCAAUACCAGCAGCAGCACUAUCAGCAACAUUAUCAGCAGCAGCACUUGUACCAGCAUCAUCCCAGCCUGGCGCUGCCUGGCCUGCCACCCGCUGUCGAGAUGGUGGAGUUGCAACUGCAACAGCAGCAGCAGCAGCAGCAACAACAGCAGCAACAUCUGCAGCACAGCAGCAGCAGCAACAGCCCCAAGCUGGCGACCCCCGGCGACAGCAGCAGCAACACCUCCUCCUAUCAGCAACAGUACGCAUCUCAAUUGGUCGCCGGAUCGGGCGGCUAUCUCAACGGUAGCAGCAGCAACUCCUACGGCUACAGCUGGCACAGCAGUCAGACCUUCCACACCAAAUACCAAAUACACCCGCCAUCAGUCGCUGCGUCCGCCACCGCCUCCGCCACUGCCACGCCCACAGCUCAACUCGGUGCUCAACAGCAACAGCAACAACAGCAGCAGCAACUGCAGCAGCUGUGUCCCCCGGCGGCGCCCAGCACCCCCUCGGCCUCCUCCUCGUCCAUCUCCUCGUCCUCCGCCUCCUCCGCCAGCCGCCAUAUGUUCGUGCCACCCCUGACUCCUCCCAGCUCGGAUCCCGGCAGUCCCGGCAGCUCCAUGGUGGCAGCAGCAGCCGCGGCAGCCGCUCAACGUCGCACCACCCCACCACCGCCCUAUCAGCAGGGCCAUGUGAUGGGCCUACUCAACCCACCGCCCACACUGCAGCUCUUGGGGGGUGCAGUCACGGGGAGCAGCUGCACCACCGCCACCACCACUCUGACCACCCUAACGCCCGCCAGUGCCAUCCAGCAGCAGCAGCAGCCGCAGCAGCAGCAGGUGCAACAAGUGCAGCAGCAGCAGCCACCGCCCACCCCCCGCUCUUCGGGGGGCGGGAGGCGUGGCCGGCACUCGCACCACCAGCCGGGAACGGCGGCCCACAUCGCCAGCCUGAUGAGCGUGCGAACGGUGCGCUACAACCGCCGCAACAAUCCCGAGCUGGAAAAGCGCCGCAUCCACCACUGUGAUUUUGUGGGUUGCUCCAAGGUGUACACGAAGAGCUCGCAUCUGAAGGCCCAUCAAAGGAUACACACUGGUGAGAAGCCCUACACCUGCCAGUGGCCGGAGUGCGAGUGGAGGUUCGCCAGGUCCGACGAGCUGACCCGGCACUACCGCAAGCACACGGGGGCCAAACCCUUCAAGUGCGUCGUCUGCGAGCGGAGCUUCGCGAGGAGCGAUCACCUGGCGCUGCACAUGAAGCGCCACCUGCCCAAGAACAAAUGAGGAAGGCGCGGGGUCCCAGCGAGCCCAGCUUCAGAAUCAACUAUACCACAAUCCAAAGGACUUUAGCGUAGAUAAAAUGAAUUCGUUUAGCUGAAAGGUUAACUACUACAUGGUACACACACUCUACUCUAGGAACAGCUAACCAAUUGGGGGUGGGGAUGACGGCAGACAUCACCCACUCGAUUAACUCAAACGCGAAGUAGGCUAAGUAAAUGAAAUUACCACCUGCUUGACAAACAUCCUAAUGUACCAACUAACCCGCACCACAAGGCAAAAACACCGUCGGCACCACAAUCACAAAUUGAACUAGGCUAAAGUAGCGUUACGUUACCAUGUAUAAACUUAUUUCUUUGCAUAUAGGACACUAGAUCUACAUAGAUGUUUAAUCAGAAUUCGGAACCUAGGUGGGUUAAGUAGCCGUAGUCCCAUGUAUUCUACUUGUAUAUCACUAUCGUAUGUAUCUUAGUGUCGUAAACCGUAAACCGUUUCAAAACCACCAAAAAGUGCUGGCACAAAAGCAUCCAAUAAAUGUAUUUGAAAAACUA